CAGAUGCUGUUCCUUUAAACACAUCUUAACCAGGACGUUUUUGACGAGGUUUGGAAACCAUGACUGAACCAGGGGUCCGGAGAAAUAAGAGAAAAUCGUUGGAACCCAAGAAGUUACAAACGUUUCUGGAGUCUUCGGAAAAGGAGACAAUAUUUUCUCUUCAACCGUCCUCGGAGAUAAAAUUAAUCCUUAAACCAUUCUCGGAGUUAAAAUCAAACCUCAAACCAUCAGAGAUUGAACUGAAACCUAAUUUUAAACCCUUGGAGGGAGUAAAAUGGAGCAAAGUUCAGACAUUUGAACCCUGGCGGUCAAGAUUGAAUAGUACUGGGAGCGAGGAAAGAUCUCCCCCCUUGAUUGAACCCGGACCGGAGCUUGAAACCGAACCUGAACCCGAACCAGAAAAAAGAUUUAGAAUUCCUUCUCCACUUCAGAAAUUCCGUGACUAUUCUUCAACACAGAUGAUCGUUCCUAAAAAAAGGUUUAAAAUUGAUUCAUUGAUUAAUCAUGUUAGUGAAAGAGAACCUAGGCUCCUACCCUGUAUGUUCCCUGGACCUGUUGAUCCUAUCCAACCUGUUCAAGAGGAACCUUUAGAUCUAAUUAUACCAAAAACGUCUAAAAAGCCAAUCUACGAUAUAAAGUCAACCGAAGUCUCAAAACGAACCAAACUCACAAAAGAUAUUUUACAACAGAAAAACUACAAGAAUUCGACAAGAAUCAGACGAAUCGAAGCGAAUGCUCGAGAACGUCAAAGGGUCCACACGAUAACUGCAGCAUUUGAUACACUGCAAGCUGCUAUCCCAUCAGAGGAUGAAAAUAUCAAACUAUCCAAACUAUCUGUGAUAAAGAUUGCUACAGCCUAUAUCAUGGCUCUCUCUAGAAUGGCUGGAUAUGAUUAUACAGAGGAUAGAUCUGCUCCGUCCCUUGAAUCCGUUCUUGAACAUUGCAGAGAAACCAUCCAUACAGAAUCUAGGAUCAAGAAAAGACUGUGAGCGGGCAUCAUUAUUUAUUUCGUCACAAAAUUUCACAAAUUACAGAAAUUUUAAAGAAUAUAUUUAUUUUUGUUUGGUUUGGUUUUCAGUGGAGGAAGGAAUUAUCGUCUUCAAACAGCUACCGAAGUCCAUUGGAGACCUUGUUUGUCUCAUUAAAGGCCUGACACAUCACAUUGGAGGACUAAUACAUUUAUGUUUGGCCCUUCUACAUUUCAAUGGAGGCCGAGUGAAUCUUGUUGAAGAUUUGUUAGGCUCCAAGAAUUAUCUCUCAACUUAAAAUUUUUAAGUCUCAAAAUUUUGGCCUCCAAUGGAAUACGGUUGGUCGAUGAUGAUAAUGUCUUCAAAAAAGACAUAUUUUAUUUGUUAUUUAUAUACCAGUAGAAUAAACUUGAAAAGGAUGUUA